ACAGAGCCUGUGAGUGAGACACUGCUACCUGACAGAUAAACAAACACUUCUUACAUGGCUUCGUGGACCUUAAACAACCAACAUUAGCCGUCUCAGUAUUGCUAGACAGCCUGUUUUAAUGUCGACAAAAGUGCCUUGGUUGAAAGAGGAUGACUGAAUUGAUGAGAAGUUAAAUAUAAUAGUUGAGUCCGCAUAGAGAGAGAGGGGAUACUUUUAUCAUCACUUGUACUUUCACCAAACUUGAAACACUACAUUUCUUGUCAGUGCAUUCAUCUCAAACAAUAAUAUCGGACCAUUUCUCUCACAUCUUCCACUGCCUCAUCUUUCCAGUGGCCUGUGACCUGGUGUGAUAAUUGCAUGCAUGCCAUGUCUGCAUCUCUGAUAACCACCCAUCACCCACCAGCGCUUCCUCUCAGUUCUGAUGCAUGGCCCUUCUUUAGAAAUAAAUGUGUCUUGCCUUUCCUCGCAUGUUGUGUUGUGAAUGAGACAACAUGAGGAAAGACAGGGAUAACCCUCUGGCACUGUUAUCCAAGAAACCUUGCCAGAGCCAGACGGACUAUGGAGGAGAGCUUGAAAGGCUGCGUGCUGAUUUGGAAGCAGAGAAGAACCAAACACAGCGGGCCCAGAGACAACUCUGCGUGGAGCUGAGGCACCUGCGAGAAGAAGCGAAGAGGGAACAGCGGAGGGCUGUGAGGGAGCUGACGGCAAGGCGUGGGGCCCAAAAAGACAGGCACUCUAACAGACGCUGGCAUUUGCUGGCUAAGGAGGUGAUCAUUACAGAUGCUGGACGAUACAGUAAGGUUAGGUCCACAGGGAAAGAGUCUUUUUGUUUGUGCAGCGGAGAAACAUCUACAAAGCUCGAACAGUUGCUGCUGACACUGUAUGAGGAGAUAAAUGGUGAGCAGGCGGUCUAUAAAUUGCAUCACAGGCAGGAAUUUGAGGUAGAAAAGGCCAUCGUCCUCUGCCACCUGCUAGAGGCCCACAGAAGACUAUUGCAGGGGAGGCAGAGAGCAGGACACCCCAGCUACGUUUUUAAAAAUCUCUCAAGAAAGCCAGCUCGGGAAGACAGCAAUAAGUCCUGUCAGACACUUCAGAGAUCCCAGAGUGCCACCCACUCAUCUAAGAAGAUCACCAAACAAGAUCAGCAAAAGCAGCCUUUAGGCAGGGACUUGUGUGCAGCUGACCCCUGCACCACUGCUGCAGUAGUGGACACCUGUCGGAGCAGCUCUCUGAAAAUUUGUCACCCUCACAACACUCCCCAUGCAGGCUGGUACAACCAGCCCCCCUGCUGCACUGAGUCCUCUGGGUCAGACGAGUCAUCGCCCCCCAAAUGCAUGGACAGAAACAUGGAGAAUGGCUCUGAGUAUGUGUUCCUGGUACGUCAGAACUCUGAACUCUUGCGAGCCCUUGAUGAGCUGGAGAAGACUUGCACCAUACUGAGGGAGGAAAAUGGCUUGCUGCGGAAGAGCAGCGCCCCAGAGACUGAGGAGAAGGUCAGGCGGCUGAGGAGAAAGAACACAGAGCUGGCUGUUCUUGCUAAAAGGCUGGAAGAGCGAGCUCGAAAACUGCAGGAGGCCAACCUCAAAGUGGUGAAUUCCCCGUCCCUGAUGAGACCCGGGUCUGUGGAACAGUACAAGAGGGCGUUUGCCCGUCAGCGGGCUCGUGACCUCGCCCAGCACGCUGAUGCACUGCUGUCUAAGGACAAAGAGAUUGCUGCCCUACAGCAGGAGUGCAGAGAACUGGAGGCACGGCUGGGCACCACUAAGGGCUCCCCUGUUCCAUCUGGCAGAGUGGAAUUUGAGAAGCUUCUCAGGGAAUCUCAGAGGGAGGUGCUGCGGCUCCAGAGGCAGCUGUCGGUCACAUCAUCCACACAGCAGCACAACCAUAGUCCCGACCCCAGUGGCCCGGAGAAGGGUGGGGAAACUGAGAAGGAGGAGGGGAUGGAGAAGGUUGUAGGAGAGACCCCGUGUGUGGCAUUAGAUGAAGCUCCGUCCAGGUGUGAGAAGACUCCCGGAGAGGAGGAGGAGUCGGGGUUGCGAGUGACGCCCCCACCGGGCCUCAGCCCGACCCCCUCCCAUCAGGAGGAACACACAGACGAGCAGCGCCUACAGUUUCUGGAAAGUGAGCUGAGCAAGAAGAGAAAAGAAUGUGAAAACCUUGAGCAUGAAGUAAAGAAGCGACAGAAGAGAUGUCUGUAUUUGGAGAGCCAGCUUGAGGAUGAGCGAGGCAAAAAUGAGCAACUAAAGGAGGAGGCAGAUCUCCUCAGGAGGAAGGCACAGCUGCUCGACCAGACUCGGGCUGAGAAUGAGGAGCUGAGGGAAGAUCUCUCUGAAGUGACCGCUCAACACAAUUCAGUUCUCGAGGAGAACCAGAGACUCCGUGCCAAACUGGAGAACCUAGAGCAGGUCCUUAAGCAUAUGCGAGAGGUCGCCGAGCGAAGGCAGCAGCUGGAAUUGGAACAUGAGCAGGCACUGGCUAUCCUUAAGUUCAAACAGGAUGAAAUCAAACGGUUACAGCGGGCUCAGUUAUUCGCCAAGAGGGAGCAUGAAGGAGUGGUUCAGAUGCUGGAGGAUUUGACUCAGCUUGUGUUGCGGAGGGAGCUGUCAAAGGUACGAGAGCUGGAGGAGAAAUGUCGCAGCCAGAGCGAACAGUUUGGCUUGCUCUCCCAAGAGUUGGAGAAGUUUCGACUGCAGGCCUCGAAGGUGGACCUGGCCGGCUCUAGCCUCCUCAACAAUCCCAGCCUCUCUGUUCUGACCAAUGGGGUGGGCCUGACUACAGAGCGAGACUGCACUGGUGGCUCAUGGGAUAUGGUGUCUCUGGGUGAAAUAGCCUUCUGGAGUCUCGAGGCAGGUGACACUCUCUCCUGCCCUGAGGGUAAUGAUCCGCCCGAUGUGGCUGCUGCACUGCGGAUGGGGUCCACCCCGCACGCUGCAGGCUUGUCCAGGGUGGAGCGCUCGCCUGUCACCAAGCAUCGAGAGCUGCCCACCAUCAGUGUAAGCAAGUCAGGCUCUUCCUCCAGCAAGUCAGAGACCACACAUCUCACCCCCAAGUCUGACACCCACCUCAGUCCGCACAAAUCAAGCCCAAUACAUGAGGUGGACACUGCCAGUGAAGUAGAGGAGCUAGACAUUGACAUGGCCCCGGCACCUUACACAGCCAGCAGAGUAGCAGCAAAGCUGCAGGUUUUCAUUGCAAGAUAUAGCUAUAAUCCUUAUGAUGGCCCCAACGACAACCCUGAAGUGGAGCUACCACUUACUGCUGGAGAAUACAUCUAUGUGUAUGGAGACAUGGACGAUGAUGGCUUCUAUGAAGGUGAGCUGAUGGACGGACGGAGAGGGCUGGUCCCCUCUAACUUUGUGGAACGUGUAUCAGACGACGAUGUCAUGAGCACUCACCAUCCAGAGACAGGGGACAUUUCCCAUAACUCCCUGCUAGACAGCAGCCUGCACAGUGCCAGCCACCAGCAUCACCUCCACAUGGGCGUCAGCGCCUCAGAAAGGACAGAGGCCUCUGCUGCUUCUGGCCCUGCCUCAGCCCCCUUGGACUCAGCAUCAGCCUUGGCUGUCCCAGCCCCCCUCACCAACGGCCUGGACUUGGAUUUGGAGGAAGUGGGAGUGGACACUGUGCCUUACCCACGUAAGCUCACCCUCAUCAAGCAGCUUGCCAAGAGCAUCAUCAUUGGCUGGGACCCUCCCUUGGUGCCGGCUGGGUGGGGCAAUGUGUGGAGUUAUAAUGUGUACGUGGACCAGGAAAUGCGGUUCAAUGUGCCCUUCGGUGCCCAGACCAAAGCAGUGCUGGAGCGGCUAGACAUAAACCUCAAGGCCUACCGUGUGUCAGUGCAAAGCCUGACAGAGAAGGGCCUGUCAGACCAGCUGCGCUGCAGCAUGCUGGUCGGUCGGGACGUUUGUGUGGCACCCACGCAGCUGCGUGUGGACAGGAUCACCGCCACCUCUGCCAACCUGACCUGGCUGCCUAGCAACAGUAACUAUGUGCACAUUGUUUCCUUGAAUGAGGAGGAGUGUGAGCUGGUGAAGGCUGGCUGCUACUCGCUGUGCCUCAAUAACCUCUUGCCCAGUCUGCAGUACACAGUCAAAGUGGAGGCGCGGCCACACCGCACACCAUGGGAGUUACCAGUCGAGCGACGUGAACACAGAAGCACCAUAAUCACCUUCACAACACUGAUGGCAGGUCCCCCUGAUGCUCCUCUGGAUGUACAGCUGGAGCACGGCCCCUCUCCAGGGAUUGCCCUCAUCAGCUGGCUGCCAGUCACUAUAGAUGCUGCCGGGACCUCCAACGGAGUCCGUGUCACUGGAUACACUAUAUAUGCUGACAAGAAAAAGGUGUUGGAGGUGUCUUCCCCAACAGCUGGUAGUGCCCUGCUGGGCCCCUCUCAGAUCCAGUCCCUGCAGGCAGCUCAGGAGCUCACUGUCCGCACCAUGUCCGCCCAUGUGGAGUCCUGUGACUCUUUGCCAGUCAAUGUGCCCUCCAAGCUGGCUGCCAUCAUGGCAGGCCCAGCUAUCACCGCCCCAGUUGUGCCACCUCCCCUACCCUGCACCCCAACAGAUCCCACUAACCUGCCCUCACCGCCGUCCUACAUGAACUCUGCUGCCAAAUUCUCCAUGCUGCCCAGCACUUUGCCAUCAGACACACACAGCACUGGCCUCACAGUGGAGGCUGCAGCCAACCCUCAUCCUCUCCCCUCAGAGGAUUUUCUCUCAUCUGCCUCAUAUGUGAAGGCAUGGGCCAACCCCUCAUCUGCUGAUGCCUUGGCUGUGUGUGAGGCCACAUUACCAGUAGCUCCCACCGUCACUCCAGUGGUUAAUGUGACCUCCCCCACCACCACAGCACCUCAACCAUCUCCAGUAGCAGCACCAGCACCUGCACAAGCACCCCUAAUGGCAGCAGCGGCAGUGUUGGAGCAGCGCAGAGACACCAACAGUCCUGGAACGAUACGUCCUUUCCCAUCCAUCACAGAGUUUAUCGAGGACCCCAGUGCCAAGCUCGGGACCCCUGAGCGCAUCCCUACCCCCCCCAAAGCCCCGAUCACAGACCUUCUUAACCCUCAGGACACAAAUCUCCACCGACCCCCCAGCACUUCACCGUUGGAGUCAGAGGUAGAGGAAGAGCAAGAAAAUACACGUCUGGUGUCCAUUGAAGAGUUCUUGAGACAGGACCAAGAGCCAGCGUACUGCAGGAGGCAGCAGAGUUGUGGCAGAGGGCUUGUGGAGCCUCCCAAUGACUACCAUGUAGACAACAGUCGAUCAGACCUGUCUGACAUCCUGGAGGAGGAGGAGGAGGACCUCUAUUCUGACCACAUUGGAGAAGCACAGGCCAGGGGAUACACAGUAGGAGCUAACAGGGAGCCCACCCGAAUCCCUCCAUCAGAGGCAAGUCCAUCAUGGGGACCCCAGCCUGAUCUCUCUUCUAAGCCAGUGUGCUUGCAGGCCAGGGAACUCAAAGGUGGUGUUGAUUCAAUAAAGAUGAAAGACAGUGACAUACGCAUCUUUGUGGCCCUCUUCCCUUAUUAUCCCGCCACCAUGUCACCCAAUCCUGAUGCUGCUGAGGAGGAGCUGCCCUUCAGUGAAGGACAGAUCAUCAAAGUUUACGGAGAUAAAGACGCAGACGGGUUCUACCAAGGGGAAUCCGGUGGUCGUCUGGGCUACGUGCCGUGUAACAUGGUGUCUGAGAUCCAGGUGGAGGAUGAGGAGACCCGGCAGCAGCUACUGCAGCAGGGCUUCUUGUCCACAGCGGCCUCCAUGGAGAAGAUAGGCACUCGCACACACGCACAGCUUCCACGUCGUCCUGUUCCACCGCCGAAACCGAGACGAUCCAAGAAAGUGGAGUCUGCAGCACUCUGGGAGGAGAGCAUAGACUCCUCCAGCCAAGAUCCCAGCCAGACUGCUGCUGCGGCAUCUGCGGGAAACCCGGCACCGGGAGCUCGCAGGAUGGUCGCCAUCUUUGAUUAUGACCCACGAGAGAGCUCCCCCAACACCGACAUAGAGGCUGAGCUGACCUUCAGUGCAGGAGACAUCAUACAUGUGUUUGGUGACAUGGACGAAGAUGGCUUCUUCUACGGAGACUUGAAUGGACACAGAGGCUUAGUGCCCUCUAACUUCCUGCAGGCCUUACCAGCGGAUGCUCCAGCAGAACUUCUCUCUGCUCAGCCUGCACCAGAACCCAAGAAAGAAUUACAGGUAGCUCUGCAUUUCUGUCUCCUGUCCUGCACUCUUUACACAUACUUUGGUCAUGUUCCCAAAUCACUGACAUCAAAAAGAAACUUUUUUUACUUUAUUUUUCAUCACUUGCACGUAUUUCCAGAUAGGACAUUCUGUCAUUUUCUGUUCUGUUUCUUUAAUCCUGUCCUGUCGCAUUUCUUCUGCCCCACUGUCUCCUGCAUGGCCUUGUGCAGAAACAGAAACGAACUGUUCACUUUGAGACUUGACCGGUACCGGGACGUCUUCUACAGAGCCACAGGAUCCUGGACGCUCAAUAACGGAAGAAUCUUUGCAUGCCCAAACAGAGCCUUCUUUCCCAGACCCAAAGGAGCACACAGACCUACCACCCGAACCGGCACCCACUGCGAGCCCCAUGUCAGACCUGGAGUCUGCUCCAGGUCCAGCUGUUACUCCAGCUGCGGUGGAGGCCUGCUGCUCCCUCCCAGCCCCCCUUCCAGCAGACAUCCCAAUACAGACAGACUGCUCUGCACAAGUCAAGAAGAAGAAAGGCUUUUUCUCCAAAGGCAAGAAGCUGUUCAAAAAGCUGGGAUCCAGCAAGAAAGAAUGAGAGUCAGGACACCUGACUCAGGAUACUCGCGUCACAUUGAAAGCACUUUUUCUAUCUUCACUGUUAGUCUCAGUCGGUAGUUGGUGCGGUUAGUGGCUGUCAGAUCUAAUAACCGAUGAUUUAAGCAUUAGUAAUUAUACAUUUGCCUUAGAGCACAGCUAGACCCAGCUGUUAUACAUAGAGAACUGUCAAACAUCAACAUACAGCUUACAGCAUCGCAAGAGCAUGUAGAGGUGCAUGUUGACGUUUGCAAACACAAAGUUAUCGUCUAGAUACUUCCUAAUUAUCUAAGCAUUUGCAGAUUUUCCACUCAUUAGUGGCUUUAAUGCUUGAUAUAAAACAAUGGAUCAGAUUUAUUUAGAAGAGUCUGACACAAAAUGAUGUUGAACAACAGCUCCAUGCUUCAGCCCAACGCAGACACAGCUAAUUAAAUAUCAGCUUUAAUGCUCAUGUACUGGUGCCACUUUAUUUAUUUGAAGAAAACGAAUAGAAGCUGCAGUCUAUGUAUCUCUUCUGUGUGACUAUAAAGAAUGCACUAUCCAUCCUGAAUGGAUGUAUUUUAAAUAUGUCUGCUAGUCCCUCGCACGUGUUUCUCGUCUUGAAGAGUAUUUAUACAGUACUUUGUACAGAACAUGUUAUUUAUUUGUAGCAGACUCUUGCCCUAGUCAUCACCACAUUGCAUGAAGUGACGUCAGGGCAGGAGGUUAGUUGUACAAAGACGAUCCACUUUGAUAUGUGUAGUUUAGACCUAAUUUAUUUGGGGUCAUGACUGUUUGUUAAGUGGAACAUGCUUUUAAAUGUAAAGAAUGUGGGAGAGUUGCCCUUCUUCGGCAUGUGUGUGUGUGUGUGUGUGUGUGUGUGUGUGGGGUGGGGCUGUGUGGCUCUUUGUGUGUGUGUG